AUGAUAGUCGGUCGUUAUUUACAAUUUAUUGACAAAAGUCAGUUACUAUAUAUACUAUCUAUCAUAAUUUGUUUGAAUGUGACAGAAACAAUAGCAAUAAAGUGCUUCUCAAAUCAAUUCGAGAAUAUGCAGGAGGAGAAUUGUGGACCAAACGGAUUCUGUUUUAUCAUCAGAAAAGAUAGUUUAAUCAGAGGAGGCAAUUUCACUGUUCGAGGCUGUGACCAUUCCUUCCUCUGCGAGCUGAUUAGUGAAACAGAAGGAGUGGAAAAAAUUGAAUAUAGCAGGGGGAAAAAAUAUUGCAUGAAUAAGGUGCAGUAUAUGAAUUUUUUCGGUUAUUUUUGCUGUUGUAACGAAGAUGAUUGGUGCAACAAGAGUACCAAAGGGGAGGAAAUAUCGGAAGAACGCAUUCUAGAGAAUUUAAUUCAAGGAAGAGCAACCAAAAAGAAGUGGCAGAAACUGCAGGAAAUCGCUGAAAAUCACGUUACCGCAGUUGAAUAA